AAUAUUGCCAUUUAGCCAUUGGAAUCUUGAAAUUCUCAAGCAUUCUUUCAUUUCAAAUAUGGUUAUGGCCUCCGCUAAUACUGCUAGUGAAGGCAUGCAACUCUGCGUUUUUGAUUUAAGAAGAGGUCAGCUUGAAGGGCAGGAACUGGACAAAAUCCUCUUCUUCUUCCCAGCUGAUUUGCCCUUCUCUACCCAACUUUCCGUCAUAGGCCUCAGCGAAGGACUUAUCACCUUUACAAGAAUCUUCUCUCCGGAAACAGCUUGUGAGGUGAUAGAAGCAGAAAGACAUUCUCAUGUUUUUUAUGAGGCAGAGCCUGAUAUCUGGAUGGUGAUGGUAGUAGAGAAAAGUAAGGGGCUAGAAGUUAUAUGGCGGAUCGAUGCAUUAAGAGAGGUUCUCAAGCAAGUUCACUCUCUUUUCAUGAUGUUUAAUGGGUCUAUAAGAGCAAUACUUGAAAGAGAACCAAGUGGAGGACUAAUUCGAUCUCAUUUGUACCCUUUCAUAAUGGAUUAUCUAAGUGCAUAUCAAAUGUGGUCUCCAUUGGAAAACUGCUGCUGGGAUUUUCUCGUUGGGAAGAAAAUCCAAUUACCAUCAUUUCGUGACUGUUUAACGGAGCGUGGAACUGUACAGAUGUUGACUAUUGGGAGGGAAGCUGCAAUUGAAGUUCAGUCACUUGUCAGGGUCGUAGAAUCCUGUGCUGGGACCACGCCUUGCUAUUCACUGAUUUUCUUUCAGGACCUGCUUGUUUCCACAACAGUUUCUCCUGAUGACACCAUAAACUUAUUUACAUAUGCAGUUUUAAGGUUGACUCCUCGUGCUUUAUCAUCUGGAGUAAGUUCCUGGUCAUAUUUACGCAAAGGAAAUUCUGCAUCUCGUAUUGCUGCAGGGUCUCCCGUGGUCCACUCAGCCUCUGUGUUAGAACACUUUUAUCAUUCACAUGGUAACUCUGUUGGCCAAGAUGGUAGUUACCAUGUUAAAAGACCUUUACAGCUUGGCAGGUGGGCUAGAGAGAAGGAUGGUUUUCUUGUCACUAAUAUUUGGGGAACAGAGAUUGCUAGCUCAAGCUCAGCCACCCCAACCAUUUGGCUUCGGCAGACAGAGGAACAGAUGUAUCUCUGUGCUUAUCAGCAUAAAAGCUUGACCUUGAUACUUCUGAUUCCUGUUUCCUCCAUUCUUAAUGGGGAGCAAGGUAUUUCCCUGGUGAAGCAGCAAGUUCUUGAAAAUGCAUCAACUAAGAUGUUGAAAGUUGAAGAGAAACUAUCAAAAGGAUGGGGUGGUGAGAAUGCCUAUCAUGUCAGCGGGUAUCGUUACUUGCUGGUUGAUGAUGAUCGAAAUGUAUCUAGGGCUUCUCCACCUGUAAAGGUUACGACACUUACAAAGGAAUCUUUACUUGCCAUGAAUAAACUAAGAGAAGAGGUAGAUUUAGAAAAGAGUAGAGUGAAACAGGAUAGUGUAGAUCAGGAGAAAGAUUUGGAAAUAUGCAUCAGAGCAAACAACAAUGCUUGGGUUAUUGCUCGUACUACCAGAGGGAAAGAGCUUUACAUGGUUCUGGAAAAAGCCAACGAGACACUUCUUUAUGCCUCUGAUGCUAUCGAGAAGUUCAGCAACAGGUAUUGUGGGGGAACUUUCUUGUUGGAUUAGGGGACAAAUGCUCUGCCUUUGAUAUAAUCAGGAUCAGAGAAGCAACUUGUGCAGAAAACAACGAGAAAUAGAGAAACUUUGCUGGUCUCAUAUUCUUGGGUUAGGUACUUGUAUGUGCAUUGAUGAUCAUCUCUUUCUUCUUUGAUCGCUUUCCAUGUAUAUAGGCAUCCUGUAGAUUUUUGUAAAACCAAGUUCCAAACGAAUUUCUUGGUUUCUGUUGUAUAUGUUUUUCAAUUGAAUGAUCAAUCCUGGCAUGUUAGCAUUCCGAUUGGUGGUUGUUGAGGUUGACAUGGCCUUUUGGUGAGAGUUCAGGCCAUCCAUGUAUUCUUUCUCCAUUUCUUCUGUUACUAUGAACUUUUUUAAUUUAAUGUGUUAACAUAUCCUUUAAACAAAA